CGGCUCCGUUCCGCCCUCCGGCUGCUGUUCUGCCGAGGGGAAGGCGAGCGGUGCUGGCCGUCGGGGGCCGCCGCUCUUCGCUCCCCGGGAAACUUCAGUCAGUUGCCGGGGAGCGUCCACUAGCCGCCCCGAGGGGUCGCUUCGGUGUAGGAUAGCGGUCACUUGUACGCCAGCGAGAUGGGGAGGACCCUGAGACCCGAUGACAUCAACCCCCGGACGGGGCUGGUGGUGGCUUUGGUCAGCGUCUUCCUGGUGUUCGGCUUCAUGUUCACUGUGUCCGGCAUCAAGGGAGAGACACUGGGGGACAUCCCUCUGUUGGCCAUAGGCCCGGCCAUCUGCCUGCCGGGCAUCGCCGCCAUCGCCCUCACCAGGAAGACCGACGGCUGCACCAAAUGGCCUAAGAACUUCAAGUGUCCAUGCUGCAAGGAAGUCAAGGACCGAGAUGUCAUGGAGCUGCUGAGGACCCCCUCAGACCUGGAGUCUGGCAAAGGGAGUUGUGAUGAGCUGGCCAAGAAAGCUUACCAGAAGGACAGGAGAGUGCUGCGGGGAGAGGACUCUGUGUCUGUCUGCACUACCACCACCACCACCACCAUGGGAGAGUGCAAGAGCCUCAUCAGAAAGGUGGAGCAGGAGGAGAUGCUGAAAUACCUGGAGACCUGUUAUCCAGAGAUGCCGGGGAAUGUGUUCGUGGGAGAUGGCUCCACAUACAGUGCCUUGGAGAAGAAGAGCUCUUCUCCAACCACGAACAGUGCUACUUGCCCUGACAUUGAAGACAACAUUUUUGUUGCUCCUAAAGACAGUAUUAUUGUCUGCUCUUACAAGGACAACAGCCCUUAUGACAGAUACUGUUGUUACAUAAACCCUACUGGAGUCAACUCAGACCAGGAGACCAUAGUGUGAAAGAUGCAAACUUUAUGUAUGUGUAUGUGUACAAAAACUACAACUUCGACUUCUUGAUAGGGGAUAAUAUAGCUGACUGCACUGCAUGGGACAAUCCUGAUACUAUUACAGUUUAACCUGGUAUGUGACUGAUACUCAAACCUUUUGUGCCUGAAAUACUCUUUCUGUAAGUAAACAAGCAUGUUCAAAGGUUAAAGAAUUCAAUUCUUCAUUUUGGGGAAAAAGAAAUGACAUUUUAAUUCUAUUUUCUCCCUUUCCUUCUCUCUUGUUUUCCUGCUGCCUAUUGUAACCAAGCCCAUAGACACACUGGCAGGAAGGCAGCAGUGGCUAUCAGCUGAAAUCAGGAGUUGAAUCAAAACUCUGGAGCUGUCUGCAGGACAGAAUGUGUUGCUCUGUGGCUGAGUGGGUCUCAGCAAUAGUGUCGCUUUGCUUUAGGAGGGACUGAGAGAAGUCAGCAUGCACUCCAAUAGCUGGUAGAUGUUAGGGAGUGUAGAAGUGGUUUGCCUCUCUCCCUUCAUUUUUGUGGCAUGAUUUUAUUUUCCUCUGCUUCAAGGAAAUGAUGUGCUGACCCUGUGGGCUCUUCUGAAAGUCUCCUAGGAGCCAAAUAGGCUCAGGGGGGAUUUAAAAGACUAAUCCAUCAAUAGCAUGCAAGGUACAGGUUUUAUAGCCUCAUUCCGUGCUGAUACUGAGUUCACUGGAAUGUUUCAAACGCUGAGGUUUUACAGGCAGACCUGACAAGUAGAUUACAUGAUCAUGACAGUUCUUGCAGAGACUAGGAGCAGAUGUCAGUGGACUCAGGGUCUUAAAGGUACAGUUAAGUACUUCUAAAGUUGCUUAGGGAAUAGACUUCCAUGGGUUUUAUUGGGAGCUGGAUCUGACUCUUCUGAAAAUGCCAUUUUCAUGUGCCUUUGAUAAAAUACCAGAUGUUUCUCUGUGAGUGAUGAAUGGUUACAGUCCACUCAGGGGUCUCAAAGGCAUGCUUUACUGUGGGACAGAACAGAGGACCUGGCUAGCAGAUGUUUUUGUUCACAUUUUAUGGUGAAACAGUUGGAGAAGUAUCAACUGAGUAAUGAGUAACCAUUCAAAUUCUGAGCCUACAGCUUAUGUACAGGGACACAAAUCCUGACUGUUCUGUCAAACAGUAAAUUGCACGUUCCAUGCUGUGUGUGAACAACUUAUGUGGCCUCUACUG